AUGGCCAAAAUCAUUGGCAAGAACAGAAGAAGAACAACUCAACUAUGCCACAGAAUGGUUCAUCAUGUGAGCCUCCACUGCAACUUGUUCCAUAGGGUGUCCUUUCUUGGCCGUUUCAUCUGGGACAGGAUCUUUCUCUGCUCUCUUGGAAGGCCUUCAACUGCCCCUUACCUCAGACUGCCCCUCCGUGAAACCCCGCCGCCGGCCACCGACCACGGUAGCUCUUCCCUGCAUGGACAACCUAUCACCACCCCAUGUGAUUCUGACUCUGAUUUGGUCAACCUCAAGAUCAGUUUGCUUGGUGAUUGCCAUAUUGGAAAAACCAGUUUUGUGAUCAAGUAUGUAGGGGACGAGCAAGAAAAGAGGAGCUUGCAGAUGAAGGGACUUAAUUUGAUGGACAAAACAUUAUUUGUUCAAGGAGCUAGAAUUUCGUUUAGUAUUUGGGAUGUUGCAGGUGACACAGGGUCUCUUUAUCAAAUUCCAAUGGCUUGUAAAGAUUCAGUUGCAAUUUUGAUUAUGUUUGAUCUCACCAGUCGUUGUACACUGAACAGUGUUGUUGGGUGGUACAGUAAAGCGAGAAAGUGGAACCAGACUGCAAUUCCUAUUCUGAUAGGAACCAAAUUUGAUGACUUUGUUAGACUCCCCCCAGAUGUGCAAUGGACAAUUGUAACACAGGCAAGGGCAUAUGCAAGGGCAAUGAAAGCUACCCUUUUCUUCUCAAGUUCAACACACAAUAUAAAUGUCAACAAAAUCUUCAAGUUUAUCAUGGCCAAGCUCUUUAACUUGCCAUGGAAGGUGGAACGAAAUCUGACACUAGGAGAGCCCACAAUUGACUUCUGA